CGCCCGUGAGAUUCAUGAUGCCAAAUAGCCGCUUAGUGAAAAACUUACGCCUGGCGUGAUGAUAAUUGCAGGACUGUUCGGCCGCCCCGCUAGGUAUAGAGUGCCGCGAAGUGUAAGGCCGUCGAGGGUCUGGAAGCUGACCUCCUCAUGGCUCGUCAUUUUGUCGCUCUCUCAGCUCCUUGGAUCUUGGAACAUCGCUGCUCCCAACGCACCGUUUUGAAGGGCCUAUCCAUUCCUUUUAAGGCCAUCCCGCAGUCUAGCUCGAGUUCGCCUCGCGGGCGAUUAAAUUAAUAGGGUAGCUCAGGUGGAGAUCUAUCUCCAAGGUCCUAGACUACACCGCCUGCAUUAUGCAUGCCAGCUGCGCGGAGAGCUACACUACUUUGCACUACCCUUACUAGCAUACACAUAAGUAGUAGCAGCACAGUACCUUGGUCUUGGCUGUUCUGCAUGUGGAAGAACGUCACCCACUGUGACGACGAUCUUGUGAGACUGUUCGCAGGGUCCUUGGUGGCCACAUGUCUAUCUGAUUGACAGCCCUGUGAAUCUGUGUUACGAUAAGAUCGCUAAUUGCUCGACACGAGGGCAAGGCAAGGAGGACCUUCACCUAAAAGCCUCUUUGCUCAACAUUUAAUAUCGUCAGCAUCAUGGCUCUCCAUGUGAAUGGAGACCAUACCGGCGCCCUACCAAAUGGUAGGGUGAAUGGCGACAUCAAGACUCUCUUAGCGACAACGCUCUCGUCUAGUCACGAUAUGGGUUCUAAACCAUUUGUCCAGACGCCUAUCGCCAUCGUUGGCAUGGCCUGUCGUCUACCUGGACGCUGCGCAACCCCAGAUGAUUUCUGGAACUUCAUGAUGAAGGGGGGAGUCGCUGCUAACACACCACCGCCGAAUCGCUUCAACUUGGCUGGCCAUUUUGAUGCUUCAAGAAAACCUCAGACAAUGAAAACGCCUGGCGCCAUGUUCAUGGAAGACGUAGAUCCAGCAGACUUCGAUGCCCAGUUCUUCAGCAUAAAUAACUCAGACGCCAUCGCAAUGGACCCUCAACAAAGAAAUCUAAUGGAAGUGACAUACGAGUGCCUGGAAAACGCCGGUAUGCCGAUGGAGAAACUCAGCGGGAAGCGAGUAGGAUGUUUGGUGGGUGCCAGCGCUGUUGACUACUAUGAUAUGGACCUUAAAGACGUCGAAGAUAGAACAGACUCUCCCACAAUAGGGUCCAGUCGCUCCUUAUUGGGUAACCGUAUAAGCCAUUUUCUCAAUGUUCAUGGACCUAGUAUGUCUGUCGAUACGGCCUGUUCGAGCGCACUUACAGCCCUCGACAUGGCGUGUCUGUACCUUGGAAAUAAUCAGGCCGACGCCAUGUUUGUGGGUGGCGUGAACAUGUAUCUAAGCCCCGAAAGAAAUGAGGAUCCGGGCAAUAUGCGAGCAGCAGCAUCACCAACAGGAAGAUGCCAUGUCUUUGACAGCAAGGCAGAUGGUUACGUUGCGGCAGAGGCUAUCAACGUCGUCUUCUUGAAACGGCUUCAAGAUGCCGUGAGAGACGGAGACCCUAUCCGUGCCGUCAUCCGCGGCACUUCAACAAACAGUGCUGGUAGAACACCGGGCAUUUCGCAGCCUAAUCCGAAAGCCCAAGCCGAUGCAAUUCGCGAUGCUUAUGCGAACGCAGGUUUCCAUGAAGCAGAUCUGGUUGAUACUGGAUAUCUCGAGUGCCACGGUACUGGCACUAUCGCUGGCGAUCCGAUCGAGAUUGAAGGUCUAUCAACAAUCUUCGCACCCUCACGGUCAAAAGACCAACCCCUGGCAAUAGGGUCAGUCAAGGGAAAUGUCGGACAUUCAGAAGCGGCGUCUGGCUUGACCAGUGUCAUAAAAGUCGUGCUUUCAAUAGAAAACGGGAAAAUUCCGGGAACGGCGACUUUUCUCGAUCCGAAUCCCAGAAUCAACUUCGAAAGUUCCAAGGUCAAGGCCUUCUACGAGUCUAUCAAUUGGCCACUCAAUACAAAACGCCGGGCUAGCAUCAACUCUUUUGGAUUUGGUGGUGCAAAUGCGCAUGCUAUUCUCGAGAGUCCGGAAUAUCUAACAGGGAAUUCACUACCUAAAUAUAAAAGUUCUUACGUUAAAACCGAAACUAUUGACGACGACUUCUUUAGUUUUGAUGAUAGCGCGCCAAAUAAGAAACAGUCAAAACCCAAACUGAUAGUCCUUUCGGCAAAUGAUGAAGCAGCUCUUAAAUCCUCUAUGAGCCGAUUGGCGUCUCACUUACUACACCCUGCAGUCAACGUCGAGUUGGAUGAUUUGGCAUAUACCCUAUCCGAGCGGCGGAGCAGGUUAUACCAUAGAGCUUACAGCAUACAGAAGGACACGCGACUGAGCCCUGCCUCGUUUGUUACGGGCAAAACGUUCAAUCGCAACGUGAACAUCGGACUAGUAUUCACCGGUCAAGGCGCGCAGUGGCCAACAAUGGGCAAAGAUCUCAUACAGACUUUCCCUGCUGCGAGGAGAAUGGUAGAGGCUCUUGAUGGAGUCCUGAUGAGCCUACCCGACCCUCCUAAAUGGACCUUAAUGUCCAAACUAGUCGACGAGAAAGAUGCUGUGGUUCUACGAGACCCUGAGUUCUCACAACCCAUUGUCACCGCCCUCCAACUGGCAUAUCUUGAGGUUCUAUCGGAUUGGGGAAUCAAGCCGGCAGCUGUCGCGGGUCAUUCAUCAGGAGAGAUUGCUGCCUCUGUUGCAGCUGGUUACAUCACAGCUGAGGCUGCUAUAAAGAUCGCGUUUUUCCGCGGCCGGGCUAUCAAGGAGUUACGUGCAGGAAAGAAACUCGGAAUGCUUGCUGCGGGUAUCUCUGCCGACGCUGUUCAAGAAUACAUUGAUAGCAGCGACGAUCUCGUCCAGGUUGCGUGUGUCAACAGUCCGCGGAGCGUGACUCUCUCGGGCACUGCAUUGGCUUUGGAGCGAGUAAUGGAGAGAUUACAAUCAAAGGAUCACUUCGCCAGGAUGUUGCAAGUUGAUUUUGCUUACCAUUCCGAUUAUAUGAGCGAUAUUGCGAUUAGAUACGCUGAAUUACUGGCGGCUCAUGUUCAAAUCAAAGCGCCCAGGCAUCGCAAUGUGAAAAUAUUCUCCUCGGUAACAGGCGAUCUAUUAACCGAGCCCGUUGAUCUUGCCUACUGGGUACAAAACCUGCAGUCUCAGGUCCGAUUCCAACAGGCAGUAGGGGCCAUGAUCGAUGGAAAAGAUGGAGUCAACUUCAUGAUUGAAGUCGGUCCCUCAAAUGCUUUGGCUGGUCCAGUCUCGCAGAUCUGCGAGAGCGCAUCUCACCUUACAUUACAGCCACAUUACACUUCCGUCUCUAAGAGAGGUUCAGACACACUUAUGGCACUAUAUGGUGUAGCUGGAAACCUCUUUACGGUCGGUGGCACCGUAAAUCUCGAGCGAGUCAACGAACUACAUAACAGCUCCCCUUCGACGUUGAUAGACCUUCCCAAUUAUGCGUGGAAUCGCUCCAAGAAAUACUGGCACGAAAGCUUGGCAAGCAAAGACUGGCGAUUCCGCCCCUUUGUCAAGCACGAUCUCCUGGGCACCAAGAUCCCGGGUACUUCGUGGCAAUCCCCUGUGUGGAGGAACAAGCUCAAGCUCGCGAACAAUACAUGGCUAAACGACCACAAGCUAAGCAAUAACACCGUCUUCCCUGGUACCGGGUAUAUCUGCAUGGCUAUGGAGGCCAUGUAUCAGACUACUUAUAUGACAACCUGGAAGGGAGACGCCCCUCAGUCCUAUACAUACCGACUCCGGGACAUCAAGUUCCUGAAAGCGCUUUUCCUAGACGAGUCUGAUGAUGCUCCCUUAGUUGUACUCACUCUAACACCUCCAGUCGGGUCUAACCCAUCGUGGUUCCAGUUCAAGAUAACAGCAGAGAAGCUCGGGGUCUGGAACGAUCACGCAACAGGGUUUAUCCGCAUUGACAGCGACUUCACCGUAAAGGGGGCAGAAAAGGCUGCCCUGAAGCCUUUCGAUUACCCAAUGUCGAACGGCAACUGGUAUAAGAAAAUGCGUGAUUACGGUUUCAACUUCGGCCCAUCUUUUCAGAAAAUUAUAGCAAUGGAAUCUGCUACUAGCACGCGAAAGGGUCGAUCAAGGGUAUCGCUACAACCACCUACUUCUACAUAUACUCAAAGCCCAUAUGCACUGCAUCCUGCUUGCAUGGAUGGCUGUUUCCAGAGUGUAACGGCUACAUGGGAUGAUAAUGACUCCAACAAUACCGACACUCUGAUUCCUCAGCAGAUCGACAGUCUUACUGUCCCCUUUCACUCCGACCAUCCUGAAGAAGGCAUUUCAGUUGCUCGCUCUGAUUUUAUUGGAGUCGGACGAAGAGAGGUCAUGAGUAACCACGCGUUUUCGUGCGCUGUGUACCAUCCAACCGGCGGCGACUUGUUAUUAGAUAUGAAAGGCAUUCGAUAUGCGAAAUUGGGAACGUCAGACGUCAUUGCUGCGCCGCAUAAAUUUUGCCAACUCGUAUGGGAUGCUGAUAUCACUCUUGUUGACGAGUCUGGACUCCAAGGGCUCAUCAACGAGACUUUAACGGGGUCAAACCGCGAAGGCGUUGAACAAGACUUACUUGUUGCGCAGAGACUAAUCAAUCUGGCCACACACAAAAAUCCUCAAUUGAACGUUGUCGAGUUUAACCUUGACCUCAAUGAUGACUCUAGUCUCUGGUUUGAUAACGAAAGUUCCGACAGCAUAAUACGAAGUGCUUUCUCACAAUACACUCUUGCGCUGAGCAGCGUCGACGCGCUAGUCAAAGCGCAGCAGAAAUACAAUACCGGCUCGCAAACUGAUUACAUCGUCAUAGAUGCUGAUCAGGGGCUGACACCUAUCAACACGAAAUUUGACCUGGCUAUUGUCAAAUUGCCUUCCACCCCAUCGCCUAUGCUCGACCAAUUGACACUUCUCCAGGAUUGGCUGAAGGAUACUGGUAUCACGCUAUUUUUGGAUAAUGCGUGCAAUUUGAAAUCUUCCCAGUUCUCAGACAAUUUAUCUGGCGUCAAAACAUUAUGGAGCUCAGGCUCGAUAGCUCUCACUCGCAAAGAACUUCCUACCACAAGCUCGCCCUCUCAAGAUCUAGUGAUCCUGCAAUUCAACAGCGAACACCACCACAGUAUUAAGGACAUGUUUGCAAGUUCGAAGUGGAACGUUUCCAUAGCGAGCGACACAGCUUCCAUCCCGCCAGGAAGCAAAGUGGUUGUUCUAGACGAACUUCAGAAGUCAGUGAUGACCAACCUUGACAAACAGCAAUGGGAUACCCUGCAAUACUUAGUAGAAAAGGAAUGCCAUAUUCUCUGGGUCACUGCAGGCGGACAAGGCUCCGUGACCGACCCAGACAAAGCCCUGAUAAACGGAUUCUUCAGGACGCUCCGUAACGAAACACCGUUUUUGACAUUAUUGAAUCUCGACGUGGAGAAUGCGUCAGGAGAAGGUACCAUCAGAGCCAUAACGAAAUGCGUCGACUUCUUUAGGGAUACAGAGAAGAAGAAUCACACGGAUAAUGAGUACACGGAACGUAAUGGAGUGUUAAGAAUAAAUCGUGUACUUCCAGAUGUUGUUCUUAACAAAUCCCAUGAAGAAGAUUCCGCUGGCCGACCUCCCGAAAUGAUUCCAUUUCAGAGCACACCAGGCACGAUCAAAUUAAGGGCAGAGCGUGUAGGAAAUCUAGAUUCCCUACAAUACAGCGAAGUUUCCGUUGAGUCGCCCCCUCUCCCAGGUGAUUGGGUAGAGAUUGAAAUCAUGGCAUCUGGCGUCAACUUCAAGGACGUUGCCAGCGUCAUUGGACUUGUCCCAGAAAACGAACACCUCCUUGGCGGCGAGGGCAGCGGAGUCAUCAGACAGGUUGGCUCGAGCAUGAAGGAUUUCAUCAAGGGCCAAAGAGUCGCGUUCUUCAAGAGAGGCUCGUUCGGAAAUCGCGUGCAAGCCAGUUCCAAAGUAGUCCAUGCUAUUCCCGACUCUAUGACGUUUGAAGAAGCAGCUACGCUCCCCUGUGCGUUCGCAACUUCGAUAUAUGCCCUAAUUCACAUGGCGCGGAUCAAGAAGGGAGAUCGCGUCCUCAUCCACUCGGCUACCGGCGGUGUCGGAAUAUCGGCUAUUCAAAUCUGCCAGUACUUUGGUGCUGAGGUCUACGCAACUUGCGGCACACAAGAAAAGCGCGAUUUCUUGACGUCGCAGCACGGAGUUCCAGAUGAGAAUAUCUUUAAUUCAAGAAACUCUCAGUUUGCGGAGAAGAUACUAGAUAAGACGGACGGAUACGGCGUUGACAUCAUUUUGAACUCUUUAGCAGGUGAUCUGCUGGAUGAAUCAUGGCGCAUCAUCGCGACUGGAGGAACAAUGGUUGAAAUCGGCAAGAAGGAUAUCCUGGAUCGGAAUGUGCUAUCUAUGGAGCCCUUCAAUCGUAAUGCAUCGUUCAAAGCCCUAGAUUUAUCACAUGAGCAGAUCACCGACGAUAUGCUCUCUGGCCUUCUGAAUGAGACAUUCGAUCUUUUCCAGCAGGGUCACAUAAAACCCAUAUCGCCCACCCGCGUCUUCCCAUUCGACCAGAUCCCCAGCGCACUCCGUCUCAUGCGCAGUGGUAAACACAUCGGAAAGCUGAUCAUCAGCCGAGCCGAAGAUCCUGAUUUCGAGGUAUCAGUCCGUCGGGCCCCGCGCAGCAUCAAAGUCCGCGACGACGUCUGCUACUUGAUCGUGGGAGGGUUGCGCGGUCUCUGCUCGACGCUGGCGAUAUCCCUGGCCAAGAACGGCGCUAAGCACUUAGCUGUGUUAUCACGCAGCGCCCAAAACGACGAGAGAUCGCGGUUGGCGAUGGCUAGGGUCCGCGGUCUCGGGUGUGAAGUUAGUAUGAUACGUGGGGAUAUCACGAAUGUGGAUGAUGUGAGAGCCGCUUUCAAGGCUACCACCGCGCCUAUCGCUGGUAUUAUCCAAGGAGCCAUGGUACUUAAUGAUCGUCCUUUCAGUUCCAUGACGAUAAAUGAGUACCACGCCACGCUGCAGUCCAAGGUAAGGGGCACAUGGAACCUCCACCAAGUCUCCCUCGAGCAGGACCUUUCUCUGGAAUUCUUCACCCUCUUAUCAAGUGUGUCCGGUUUAUACGGCAGUCUCGGCCAAGCCAACUACGCCGCGGCAAACACCUUCCUCGACGCCUUCGCCUCAUACCGCCGAGGUCUCGGACUCCCCGCAAUUUCCAUCAAUCUCGGCGUCGUCGCCAACGUCGGCUACCUUGCCGAGCACGACGACCUGAUGAACCGCUACGACGAAGCCGUCUGGCAACCCGUCACCGAGAGCGUGCUCCGCGACACGCUAAAGCUAUCGCUGCAACAACAAGAGAUCCUUCCCGUCAACGCUCAGAGCGCCUCUCACAUGAUAACCGGUCUCCGCGUCCCGCAACCCAGUGCCUCCCAACUAUCCCGCGACGCGCGCUUCGCCGGCCUGUUUUCUUUGGACCAUGCCGCAGACAGUCCGGAUGCGAGCGCCGAGGGCACGAAGGACCUCGAGUCGAUCCGCGCCGUGAUCCGCUCCAAGGCAGGCGCCAAGGUCAUCCUCGACAAGACGGCCGAGGCCAUGAGCAAGUACUUCAUGCGCAUCCUGCGGGUCACGGACGCGCUGGACUUCGCGCGGCCGCUGUCUGCGUACGGCAUUGACUCGCUGGCUGCCGUCGAGGUGCGCAAUUUCUUGAAGGUCGAGCUUAGUGUUGAGCUCACGACGCUGGAGAUUAUCAAUGCUACGUCGCUGUUGUUUAUCUGCGAGAGGAUUAUCGAGGAGGUGUCGCGGUUGGCGUAGUGUUGGUUGCUGUUAGAUGAUGGAGAGGUUGAUUUCGUGAUGUUUAGGUAGUUUGCGGUGGAAUUUUGAUGAUAUUAGAGGGUGCU